CCUAGAUAAUUUCUCAGAGGAUAAUAAUUCGCGGAGCGCGUGAGAAAAAUAACUCUGGUGGUGAACACUGGCACCAUAUCCCGCAGUUGUUUUGUAUUUCUGUCUUUAUUCUACACAUUUGGUGUUUAAUCUUAAAGCGGAAUGUCUGUCAUGCAUUUAAUUGGUUCCUAAUAAAAAUAUAUUUCUAACAGUUAAAAGAAAUCGUACACAGACUUUUUAAGUUUGCAACUGAUGCACUAUUGUAUUAUUUAAAUACUAAUGUAAUUGCAAAGUACUUAUUUAAUCUUAUUGUCAAAUCUGAUAUGCUAUCUAAAGUUUUGAAAACUCACAAUGAUUUACGCAUUGUUGAUAUUAAAAUAAAAUUUGUAACUAAACUCCAGUUCAAUAAUACGAGCAUAAUAUUUUUAGGAUAUUAGAUUUGGAAUUUGGAACAGUUGAUGGUUAAUUUAUUUUCUCUUUAUUUACACAAUAAACAAUUAUUACAAUAUAAAGUAGUAUUGACAUUUAAUAACAAAAACAUUGAGUGCCACUUAAUGUUUUUUAAACAACUAUAAAUACUACUCAAAUUUUUUUAAUAAGCGAAAUUAAAAUUUAAAAAUUUAAUUCCUUAGAUGGAUUUAAAGAAGAAAACACUCUACUUUGAUUUUCUAAACAUGCAUAAAUUCCAUCGCAAAGUGCACCUUCAGUCUCGAACACUUUCACAAUAAGUAAUAAGAGGUAAGCAGAAUGGCAGAAAGUAGCUGCCUCGGAGUUGCACUGCCUUGAAUCAUGAUUGUACACGUUUUAGUCACGGCGUCAAUGCGGCACCGGCGUCGGUCCGCCGCUCGCGCAAUACUCAUGUUUCCAUUCUCUAUGUUUUGCUUUAUUUACUACUAGUUCACCAAUCAUAUUUUAUUUUGCAGUCGUUUGCACUAUACUAUGGAAAGAUGAUGUCUGCAUCAAAAAUAAAUAAAUACUUUAUCUCCAAUGUUACUAACUUUACAUUGAAGAUAAUACUUACGCGUGAUGUUUGUUAUUACAUUCAGAUAUGUUGGAGUUUGUCUAAAGAAAUAUUAUUAUAAUAUCUUAUAUUUGUUGCUUGUCAAUAUUAUUGAUAUGGAAGAGAGUUAGUAUUUUCCUUUUACUUCCUUUUGAAGUAACAUCAUCCAAGUUGUUUAUUAACUUUACUUAAUCUUAUAGAAGAAGUUUGUUUACUUAAGUAUGAGUUCUAAUUUUGUACAUAAGUUCGGGAAAUCUUCCUGAUUCGCAGAAUCAGUAACCUAGAAAAAUAUUGGUGAAUGCUUUUAUUUUCUUCGUGGAAUAUCACGAUUUUAUUUUCGAUUGCUAAUUAUGUAGAAUAUGAAAAUGCUCGUCGAAAAUGUUUGAUACGUCACACGACAAGGAACGGUUUCGAGUAUUUGAGUUAACAACAUUCGUUCCGCAAGCUCGGUUCUUUCGAGCCAGAUUGCAACUGAGAUCUCGUGUGCUCCUGCCCAUAUCUCGACAUCCGGCACGUUAUUUUGUAUUUCUUCGAACGAGGUACAACGAACUUUAGACAAGUCCACUUCGCUUAUAUUCAGAAUUAUAUUUACUUGAAAUAUAAAUAAUUUUGUUAGCAAGAACAUACUUUCUUCGUGACCCGCUUGUAACAGUGAGUUAGAAAGAUGUUUUUAUAUACAAACAAAAUGAAAAAACCUCUCGCAUCAGAUUUACUUUAAAAUAUUACCUCAUUUAAUCUGAUUUUAGAGCAGCUCUUUCCCGCGAUUUCACCACGUAAAUUAUAGUCUAGCGUAUGAUGUCGCUUCCCAUAGGAGAAAGAAUUUUCAUGAUCGGAUCAGUAUAUCCGAAAAUUACUUUCUACAAACAAACAAAAUGAGAAACUUUACCUUUUCAUAAUAUUAGCAUAGAUUUAACCAAGUUAUUCACGAAACGUACAAUGUUCGUUAAUUUAAUUAAAUGAUCCAUAUGACGCCGGUUAAUUGCGCACACCCGCCUAUGUGGCGGCCUAGGGUGUCUCUAAAUAUAUUCGCACGAACCACCACUCCCUGUUUGUGCAAACACAUGCUGCCGUCUCUGUUGUUUGUGUACAUUACUAUAUCUGUUUAACGACAGACAGUAAUUGAAUCCUUUUCCUUUUGCAGGUUUCUAUCACCGUAUAACUUUCAUCUUUGAUUAUUAACUCGAUGCACUUUUUUCGGUGUAUCAUUUUUUUAAAUAAGAUCAAGCAAGAUCUAUUUAGGUAUUUCUAGUUUGUAAUACGUACAAAAUAUUUAGAUUAACCUUAACUUCUUACAGAUAACUUACACAUGUUUCCGAAUAUGUGUAUAAUUUAUAUAUUUCUUAAUAAUAAAUAUGUAAAAGUGUAUAAUCUAUCGUUUAGCUAUUUCAUAUUCCGACCUCUUUUCAUCGAUUCGUUUCACGAUAUGAUUGGUCGCUACAAUCUUAUCGCUUUAUGAUAAAACGUACUCUAUGUGCUAACAAAACGAUCAAUAGUUUCUUUAGAACAAUGAAACGUAAGGGUUUUUUUUAAAUAUUUAUUAUAAUCAGUAAAACUAAAUAUGUUAUAUGAAAAUCUCAUUCCUAAAAGACUAAGUAUACAAAGAAAAAAGAAUUGAACUAGAGUUAUUUUUUUUUGUUUGAGGAUAUCCCAAUAUCAUUAUUGUUGUAUGUAUCAGGCUUGUACUGUCUAACAAACGUAAUGAAAGCCCGUACCUCAUUAUUAACUCAAUUUACGGUUUAAUCAACAGUUGCAAGGUGUGAAAUGAAAUCUCAGAGGGAACACGCAGGAAAUAGUUCAAAGUGAAACGAAUAGCUGCAAUGAGGCGGCGAGAGUUAGCGAAGGCCAGGAGGCCAUAACUCGGCGUGUAUCCGCCUCGGGCAACUAUGUCGAGUGCGCUGUCCACAGACUCGCCCACCGGCGGCGGUGACCAACCACGCCGUCGCUCUGUAUUUUAUGUGCCAUUGUUUGAAAGUUUCGACAAUUAUCUACCCUUAACACCGGAAGAGAAAGAAGCUCUAAUCUGCGGCCAAAACAUCGACAAUGUCUCAACUAAACCAAAAAGGCAUAACAUAUCUGAAAGUCGAUUACGAAUUGCAUCCCGUGGUGACUCAUCUUUUACGGAAAGCGAGAGUGAUAUUAGCGUCUUUAGUCCUGAAAGACGAUAUCGUCGCCCGUUAUCGUCGACAGUUAGCUCCAAUGAAGCACUGACAAGGGUGGGCCAGCGUGAUUUGAUAAGUCCACGCCUCGUAGCCGAAAACAAUAUGAGACCCACAAGACCAAGGUUACGUUGUACGACGUCAUGUGAGCCUAGAUAUGAUAGAAUAUUUUCCCCUGUAGGAUCGAUCUCAACUAACAAACUUAAUAGUUCUACUUCCAAUAUCGGAAGCAGAAUAGCAUGUAAGAGCUUAAUGCAAAAUUCAAACUUAUCUUUAAUACCAGAUUCACCUAAACUUUUGUCACCUGGUAAGGAAAAAUCGAAAACAUUGCCACAAAAUCUCACAGUGCCAUCGCCUAUUAGAGGCAGCAGUAGUUCUACGUCUAUCUUUAGAACGCCUAGAAUAACAGUUACUCCAGAUAGCCCGAACAAAAGUGUCGGGAAGAUAUCUGGAUUAAAUUUCAUUCGACGUUCUCGAAGCACUAAACUAUCAAGAAGUAACUCUCUGUUGCGGAGUAUAACAGCAAGGCACAUAGAGGAAGGUCUUGAAGAUCAAGUAGCAGUAGUUACAGACCUUACCGAAAACUACGACAAAUUUAUAGAUGAAAACGGUGGUGAAACUGAGGUGAUUGGAGCUCUGAUAAAGAAGCACGAAGCUCAGGUGGCAAAUAGUCCGCUAAGUAUCCGACGUGGAUAUUUGGAUGUUGACGAUGAUGUCGCCGUUCAUUCUGAUACAUCAUAUGAGAAGGCGUGUCGGCGUGGUUCAGCACCCAGCACUCCGGUGCCGGGUGCGCAGGCGCAGCAUAGUCCGUCAAGGCUGGCAUCUUUCUUCUUCUCCAAACGCUCCUUUAGAAGCAAUCCCCUCAAGAGGACCAAAUCCGCCACCAAGUUAGAAAGAGAGCGAGCGCUAGCUGCUGUGCCAACUCAUCCACCAUCACAUGCUUUAAGAACAUCAAGAUCUCAUGAAAGUUUACUGUCAGCACACUCGCCUGCAGUUUCAACGAUGGACUUAGGACCGCCAAAUCAAGUUGAGAUUCGCGCCCUCCACUCGUCCGUACUGGGGAGACCACACUGCUUCGCGUUGAGUGCCGAGAACCGCGCGCCACGAUACUUCGCCUGUGCCUCGAGAAAAGAGCGGGACCGUUGGAUAUACAGUUUGCGGCAAGCAGCGCGGCCGGAUGAAAUGCGCACGCGCCGUUGUGAGCGAUCUGUGAAACUUUGGCUACUAGAGGCAAAAUCUAUACCACCCAAGAAAAGAUACUAUUGUGAGAUUCUUCUCGACGACACCCUCUAUGCAAGAUCAUCGUCGAAGUUGAAGACUGAGCUGUGUUUUUGGGGCGAGGUGUAUGAGUUCAGCGGAUUGCCACCGACGCGAGUGAUACUCGUUAAUGUAUAUAGGGAGCCUGAGAGGCGCUCACGGAAGCGCGACAAGCACGCCCUCGUCGGCACAGUGCGUAUACCGGUCGACGACGUAUCGUCUAGAUACCUCAACGAGCGGUGGUACCCACUGUCGGAGGGUGAUAAGCCUCAGUCGCCUGGUGGCCGCGCCCCUCCGCCCCCCGCGCCCGCGCUCCGCAUUAAGUGCCGCUACCAGAGUGUAGACGUGCUGCCGUUGGAUAACUACGCCAGAUUUCUAGACUACCUCAAGAGGAAUUACAGGCGGCUUUGCGAGUACCUGGAACCUGUUAUAGGAGUGAAAGCGAAGGAAGAUAUAGGUUGCGCACUAGUCCUAUGCAUGGCAGGCGCUGGUCUCGCGCCUCGUUACCUCGCGGACGUAGUGGCGCUGGACGUGCGACGUACUGGCGACCACUCGCUCACAUUCCGAGGGAACUCACUCGCCACCAAGAGUAUGGAGGCUUAUCUCAAGCUUGUGGGAGACCAGUAUCUGCAGGACACGCUCGGCGAGGCGGUGGCGGCGGCGGCGGGCGCGGGCGCGGCCGAGUGCGAGGUGGACCCGCAGCGCGCGGGCGGCGGCACCGCGCUGCGCCGCCAGCAGGCCGCGCUGCGGGACGCCGUCUCGCUCGCCUGGCGGGCCAUUGCCGCCUCCGCGCCCGCGUUCCCGCCACCGCUAAGGGACUGCUUCGCCACAUUCAGAGAGAGAUUGACGUCAAUGGGUCGAGAAGACAUCUCCGAUAACUUGAUCAGCGCCUCGAUUUUCCUCCGUUUCCUGUGUCCCGCUAUACUUUCGCCAAAAUACCCGAACGAGCGUGCAGCACGAAACCUUACGUUAGUGGCAAAGACGCUGCAGACGUUAGCAAACUUCACUCGGUUCCAGGGUAAAGAAGCUUUUAUGGAAUUCCUUAACGACUUCCUCGAGCAAGAGGCACCUAACAUGAAAGCAUUCUUGAGAGCUAUUUCGUCGUCCAGCACUACAAAGAUUAAGUCUAAAGCUAAUUUACAGACGCGACCUCAAGAGCAGCAUCAAAAUCAACACCAGUACCAACAGCAGCAGCAACAGCAGCAUCAGCAGCAGCAAGAUGGCAGUAACCGCAACUCGGCAGCGUCGCAGGGAUCUGGCGGCGGCUCCGAGGGCUCCAGGAGUGAGGCGUGCGUGGAAGCGGAUCCGGAGUGGGCGCCCCACGUGGAUUUAGGGAAGCAAUUGGCAACGUUACACGCACUUCUAGUGGACAGCUUGCCUAAGUUACCCACUGCCAGGAUUCAGGAACUGGACCCUUUGUCUGAUAUCUUGGAUGAACUAAGCAAGAGAUUGGUGAACAACGAUUAUGGACCAUUACCUCAACACACAGAUAAUAUAUUUAGGUUCAACGAUCCAACGUGUAAUACGCCAGCAAAACAAAAUAAUCCCGAAGUUCCUACAAACGGAUUGAACAGUAAUUUUGCUCACAGUUCACCAAUAAUGAAUAAAAAUGGCGUCCAGUUUAAUAUCAGUCCCUCAAAGUCAAACGCCGAAGAAUCUAAGUACAAAGCAUCUUAUAUCGGUGUCUCGAAAUCACCGAGUUUCAAUUUACGAUCGGCGACACUUCCAAGGAAUGGUUAUGGAUCGAACCCAGUGAACCAAAACGUAAAUCCUGACCGUUACAGCUCACAAUAUAAUAAUCAAGAGCAUUGUGUUAAUCUCAAAGUGGUACAAAUAGGAUUUGGCACCGACCAAUAUCAAAAAGGAAUCGGCAACGGUAUCAACGAAAGCUUAGAGCGACGAUUUCAAGAAAGGUAUAAACCUAACAAUUGUAAUCAACAAAAUCAUUAUAACGCUAACUAUAACAACACAGAAAGAUCACCUAGCAGCGAUAGUAUUAACCACAAUUACUGCUCUAAUGACAUGCAAACCAUCAUGAAAGAAACUGCAACAUUAGAUGAGUUAUCUGAUUUACUAAAGUAUGCCGACGAUUCUGACAUAGUUGAGGAUAAGCUUAUUAUGAACAAAAAAAACUUAGUGCAAUCCAAAUCCACUAACAAUAAUAUAAUCAAUGGAAAUAAAAAUAAUUACACAAAUAAUGGUUCAAACGUUUCAAUCAGCGGUUUAUCGAAUGUCGCGAGUUCUGGGUACCAAAGUAUUGCAACAUACAGCCAAAGUUCUAGCCCCAUUGAAAACACGACGCAUCACCAUCAACCGUAUGAAAACGGUGGUCAGCCAAUGAGCCGUUACUCACAGCUAAACUACCAAAAACAGAGGGAAAAACAGUAUUAUGAUAGUAAAAAUGAAAAAUUCUAUCCAAAGAGCCCAGUGCAACAGAAAAUCGAUUAUGAUAUUCAGAAGUAUGGAAUCCAAAAUUUUACAACAGCGGAAAAUACACAGACAAAUGCAAAUAUGAAUUCAAAAGUAGUUCCAUUAGUAUUCACAAAUCCAGUUUACAACAUGGAAGACAAUCGUCCACCUCAAGAGAAGAAGAAAAAUAACAACGAGAAUAGAAAUUCGAAGCGUUGUCCAUGUGGCUCAUCCAGUUCAUCCAUAGAUGAGGAGGGCUUGAGCACUGACAACGUUGAGACGAAUUCUGAAGAAGGUUCCACUAACUUCAACGACGACACCAGAAAUUAUGAUCAUCAAAACCGUAAUAAUACCCACCGAAAACUUACCAGAGAUAAUUGCAAUUAUGAUGAUGUAUACCAAAUGAGUAACCAUAGUCAUUCCCCUAGAAUACGGGACGACGAAUCGUCUAGUAAUUCGCCAAGUCUAAGGAAAAAUAGCAAGACACGAAUGCCUAGAACAAAUCCCAUGCUCUCCUAUUCUACAAAUCAAAACCAACUCAAUCUGAAGCAUUUUGGUCAAAGAGGAGAAUCACUUUACGAAAGUAAACCUCAUCAUAUUUCCACAGAUUCCGGUUAUGUUAUGGGAAGAUCCGAGUCUAAUGUGGAAGAAGUAAAUAAAGAAAUGUAUAAAUUACAGAUUUCACGCAGUCAGAAGGCUUUGUAUAACAUGGAAAAUGCAAAAAGUUCUCCAGAGAAGUACACCAUGUCGGAAAAUUCUAAUCCUGAGUCAAAUUAUCCCCUAGAUCGAACAUUUUCUGGGGCGAAAAUUUCAAGUAGUAGACUCAAUGAAGAUUUAGAGAGGCACCAAGAGUAUUAUGGAGGUCGGGAAAGGAGGGAAUCACCUCAGGCUGCAUUUAAUAGAGAGUCACAGUCAAGUGAAGCAAGUGAAAGAGCUGUGGUACGAAGUGAACGUGAGACCAAUACGAGAGAUAAACUCCAGAGGCGAUUAAGUCUGGAGUCUGCAAGGGAACUCACUGAUAGUUCUGAUGAGAUGGAAGAUACAUUAUACAGUACGACGGGUAGAAGACGAGUUUCCAAGCAUCACAGAACUAUCGAGCAGUAUGAACGAGAAAUCGAGAGGCUAAAGUGUUCAGUAGAGUUACUACGUGGUCGGCUACCAACAGAACCUGGACAGGACCAUACCGACGCCAAAAUGAAGGCUAUUAUUACAAGAUUAAUCUGCGUGGAAGAAGAGUUACGUCGCGAGCAGCGCAAGAUGGCCGCCGCACUAUCGCACAAGCAACGAGUGAUCGAAGCUCAGGAACAUCGUAUAGCGGCAUUAGACGAAGCCAAUACAAGGCUGCUGUCAGCCCUCGUUCAUUUACAGCAGAGAGCUCCAGCGCCAUCUACCAACUCUACAACUCACUCCCAACAUUCUCAUCAAGAGUUGCAGAUUUAAAUAAAGAACUUAGUCCUAGACUAUUUGAACAAAAAUGAGUGUAACGUAAAAACUUGAAAUCGGACAGGUUCUAAAGGAACUGGGAUUAGAAGUAGUAAAAUCUUAUUUGGGAAUGAUGAAAUGUAUAGAUAUCCUAGGUGUUCUAGGAACCUCUAUUACGAGCAGAACUGUUUUACGCAUUUGAACAUACAUCAGGUAAAUGUGGCCUUAUAUCGUUGGAUCUCGAUUACUUAGAGAUUUAAUAAACGAAAUAUAACAAUUUAAGCUUCAAGUGGCAAUAUUUCACAUUUAAGCUAACUUUUUGAUAUUUAACAUGGGCACGACUAGUCCUUUUCAAUAAAAACAGAAUUCUAAAUUAAAAGUAAAAGACUUCAUGGUCUCAACAGUAUUUAAAAAUUUAAAAAGAUAAAUUUCUAACAACAUUAGACAAAACCAAUAUUAUUAUGAGUGUAACAAUUUGAAAUGCUCUAGCAAAUGUAAAUAAUAUUUUCAGCGCUCUCUUAAAGUGAAAUCUAUUUUUUUAAAGUCUAAAGCACAAACUUUUUACUCUGCUAAUGUUAAUUGAAUAAGUUGAGAUAUUUGUCUUAUUGAUUCGACUAAUUUUCAUAUUUCAUGCACAAUUGUAAAGAUAAUGACAACCUUUACAUACAAUUUUUCUAUUUAAUGCAUUUUAUCCUGUAUCUCUUAAUGCAAUAUUACAGUUACUUUAUUAUUGAAUAAAUAUUUAUUUUAACGUUCUUUCACAUACUUGUAUUUAAAUACACAUUUGUUCGUUUUGCCAUUUAUUUUUAACUUUGUUAUUAUUGUUUCCUUAGUUUUAAAGGUGAUGCUUUAAGUGACAUUAACUUUUUUUUUUAAUUUCUCGGUUAAAUCUGGAUUUGACGUUCGCUACAUGUUUUUCUGUAAUGAUACCAAAGACGAUUGAAUAUCCCUUAGUGCAGUUGUAGUUAACUACAAAUAUACUACAGCCACCACUAGUUUGUAUUAAAAUGAAACCUUAUAGAUUUUAUAAAAAUAAUAAUUAUAUAAGACUUGUAUAAUAAAUAUUUUAAGGUACUAUUUUUAAGUGAAAUGCGGAACAGUCAAGAUUCAAAUAUUUGGUGACGACGUAGUCCAAAUUGUAAGAAACAUCUUAAAACACUCGAAAACUUAGUUUGCUCAAUUGUUAAAAGAAUGUUAUAACACUGCAUUAGUGACCAACGAUCCAACAUUCAAAUGCUGUCCCAACUUCUAAUACGUAUUGUCUGUACAUUUUAUUAAAGAUAUCGCUACACAAGUAAAAUGGAACGAUAUAAUAAAAUCUUAAAGCCGAAUGAUGUUUCUGACUAAUAUGUCAUCAAAUAUUUGAAGUUAAAUGUAUGAAGUAAAGAAAUAUUUUUAUUACCUGUGGAGUAUUAUACGGAUUAACCGUAAUAGUUAUUGUAUUAUCAAGUUGUUAACAACUCAUCGGUGAUCAUUUGUUGAACAAAACGAAAACUUUAAAUUGGGAUAAUCACAAAUUUAUAUAACAAUACAGUCGUAUUUCAGUGGAUCUAAUUUUAAGCCAUAAAUUUAUGUAAAUAUACCCGAUUAGGUAUAUUUUGUUAUUCUUAUCACAUUAAAUUAUGGAUUACGUA